AUGCCUCCUUCAUUACCGAACACCACGGGCUCUGCUUCCCCUGCCGAUACGCCCUAUGGUACUUGGGAUUCUUUCCCCUGGGAACCUUUCCCAGAGUACGCCGGGUCCAAAUCUGUUCUCUUCCGCUCGGCCGACGGCAAGAUCAUGGCUGGCGCCGCCAAGGAGUCUGGCACGGCCACGCUGACAUACCCGUGCGACGAGUUCUUCUACGUGACGGAGGGUUGGAUUAAGCUGUCCAUCCACGGAGGAGACACCUUUACGAUGAAUAAGGGCCAGUUCAUUUAUUUGAAGAAGGGAACGACGGUCGACUUUGAGUUUGGACCCGACUUUGCCAACGUCGCCGUCUUCAUUGACAACGAACCUAUCACACUGAUUUGA